AUGAAUAAGGUCCCGGUUCGAGUGGAUGGGAGAUUUAGAUUGGGAGAUGUUUUAGGAUCUGGCUUGUAUGCCAUUGUAUAUUCCGCAUGGAACAUCAUCAAUGAUGAUCGUGUUGCCCUCAAACUUGAAACUAUUGUCAGCCGCCCAUCUUCUGUAGAGCGUGAAUAUCACAUUUUAAAGCAACUUGAAGGUGGAAUUGGCAUCCCCCACACCCUCUGGUUUGGCAGAGAGUCAGUGUAUCAUGCUCUUGUUCUUGAACUUCUUGGGCCAUUGCUCCACCAACUCUUCCUUGCAAACGGUCGAAAAUUCAGCCUUCUCCAUGUCGUGAACAUAGGGGAUCAAUUGCUCUCACGUCUCGAGUACAUCCACUCGCAUAACUAUGUUCAUGGCGACAUCAAACCGCAGAACAUCUUGAUGGGUCUUGGAAAUUUGAGGCACACCACCUUCAUCAUCAAUUUUGGUAUCACGAAGACAUACUGGAACACCACAACCGGUGACCAUGUACCAUUUCGCCAUGGUCAAAGUCUCUCUGGCACUCCUGCAUUCACCUCUAUUAACAAUCACUUAGGAGUCGAGCCAGGUCAUUGUGACAACCUUGAGUCGCUUACUUAUAUGUUAAUCUAUUUUUUGCGUGGUUCCCUUCCAUGGUUAACCAGUGACAAUGAGAAGUUGUCUGGUUCUACCAUACUUAAACAGAAAGCACGUGUCACCAUUGCGGAUAUAUCUCAAGACAUCCCCGUUGAGUUUGCGACUAUCCUAAUUUACACACGCUCUCUCGCAUUUGCAGAAGAUCCCGACUAUGAUCACCUUCGUUCACUACUUCACGGUCUUCACACCUCAUUACCCGCACCAGCCACAUCCAUGUUGGACUUUGGCCUGCUCAGUGAUCCUGCCAUACACCCCCCUGACCAGUGCUGUGUGGCCAAAGCAAUCCCACCAUGCCUGCUAAAGGCAACACACAGAUCGACUUGUGUGCUAUGCCCGCGUAAUGGCUCCCCAUGGCAUGCUGCAUCAACUCCACAGUGGAAACAGUAA